GCACAUCCGGCAACGUCACCGCCGGCAAUUGUCGAUUUUUAUUGGUCCAAGUUGCGCGCAGCAUGUUAAUUGACAACAACGGACGGUAGCUGGCGAAUGAUAAAAUAAACGUGCGCCGAUCGAACGUCUAACGAGGAUCCAGGACCCGUGCCCACCAAAUAGCCAUCAAGGAUAGCUGAACCGUGCGCCGAAGAAAAGGCAUUGAGGAACCGAAAAAGUGGCUUGGCGGAAUCGAAUCGAAUGUUGCGCAACCUUCUGUCCCCGCAUGUACUUAGCCACCGAACCGAUUCGAUUCCAAUUCCGAACCACCAACCACCUAACAACAACCACAUCACGCCAUCCGCUUACAUCUGAUAAUCGAAUUUAGUUAGGGCGAUGAAGAAGCGCUCCAAUUCACGUGGCACCCCGACCUCGUCGGGCGAUGUGGUGUUGCCUUCCUCCUCCGUAGGCGAUGCCGAAGGUGAUCAUCCCGCCUACAAAUCGGGAGCAGCUAGUGCCCCGGCCACGCCCACCAAGCGACGGGAUGGCAGCGAUGGCAGUGGCAGUAGUGCUGGUGCAAGGCGAAAGCGAAAGGAGGAGAUCGCGCAGACAUUUGUGAUCGUCAACGAACGUCCUGUGGACGAUAUAUCGCUGGAUUUCUUCUACAAACCACAUACCAUUACCCUACUGGCGGUCUCCGUACUAGCCGUCAUGUACUUUGCAUUCGUCAGAAACGAAUCGAACGUGGAUGAGAAUCUCUGGGCCGGCCUUCUGUGCAUUGUGUUCUUCUUUCUGAUCAUCUCGGUGAUCGCAUUUCCCAAUGGACCCUUCACGCGUCCCCAUCCCGCCGUCUGGCGUAUAUUAUUUGGUUGUUCUGUUCUGUACCUGCUGACGCUACAAUUCCUGAUGUUCCAAAACUAUCCAACCAUUAGAAGCAUAUUCUACUGGAUCGAUCCAAAGUUGAAAAACUUCCACAUCGAUAUGGAGAAGGAAUAUGGCGUCAAUUGCUCUGACAUCAGUUGGGAUCGUGUUAAAGGCCACUUGGAUGUCUUCGCCUGGGGUCAUUUCUUGGGUUGGGCCUUUAAGGCCAUCCUGAUCCGUCACAUGGGGAUUCUGUGGGCCAUUUCUGUGAUGUGGGAGAUUACCGAAAUCACCUUUGCUCAUUUGCUGCCUAACUUCAUUGAAUGCUGGUGGGAUGCUCUUAUCCUAGAUGUGAUCAUCUGCAACGGUCUCGGAAUUUGGAUGGGUCUAAAGAUCUGCCAGAUUCUCGAGAUGCGUGAAUACAAAUGGGCCAGUAUUAAGGACAUAUCCACCACAACGGGAAAGAUCAAGCGUGCUAUGCUGCAGUUCACGCCUGAGAGCUGGUCAGCCAUCCGCUGGUUGGAUCCCAAGUCCACGGCGAUGCGAUUCGCCGCCGUCAUACAGCUGGUGAUCUUCUGGCAGGUCACCGAGCUCAACACAUUCUUCUUAAAGCACAUCUUUGAGAUGCCGCCAGAUCACUUCAUUGUGAUCGGUCGCCUUAUAUUUAUUGGAUUGUUUGUAGCGCCUUCGGUUAGGCAAUAUUACGUAUAUGUCACCGAUACACGCUGCAAGAGAGUCGGCACCCAGUGUUGGGUUUACGGCGCCAUCAUGGUCUCCGAAGCUAUUCUGUGUAUCAAGAAUGGCAAGGAGUUGUUUGAGCGCACGCAAGCCAUCAACAUUGUCCUGUGGCUGACUAUCCAAGUGAUAAUCUCGGUGGCAUUUGUCUACCUAGCUAUUUACUGGCAGCAACGUCAGCUGAAAAAGGUUUCAUCAACACCCACGAAAACAAAAGAAAGUAGUCCUGCCAUCUCAUCUUCGCCAUCUAAAGGUAAAUUGUCGCCCCAAAAAGAGAAGAAAGUAAAAUAAGAAGUUAUUAAAAAAAGCACUUGAAAGCUACAGAAACAAAAUGGAUCAGGCCAUUAUUCUAUAAAAUAAAAACCAAAACAAAAGAA